CACUAAAUGCUGUUAUUUCUGUUUAGUGGUUGAUCCUUUAGUGGAAACAAUCCAUCGGUGAAAGUAAAUCCAUCAGUGAUCACAAAAGUGGAGACGACAGUGAAGACGACAGUGGAAACAAAUAAUCUUCCCAACAACAUGGUAAGACACGAUUGAGUAACUCAUCAAAAAUACCAUGAGGAGACAGUGGUCACCAUCAUUGCUUUGUGUGCUGCACUGGCACUGUUCCUUAUUCCUUUUGCUGUCUGUUGCAGCUACUAUUGCUCAUCCUACAGGAAGGACCAGGUCCAUGACUCCACAGCAACAUCUGAUUGAAGAGCUGCAGAUGGUGGAGCACUGCUAUCAUGACAACCCUACGCUAGAGGUGGAGCUGGAGAUGCAGGAGAAGAAGAUGGCACUUAAAGAAGAGUUUAACGACAGCUGGAUCGUACCCUUUGACAACUUCACCAAAGAUGACAUACCCGAGAAGGGCACACACCUGUAAAGUAUCCAAGCCCAACAGCUCCCCAAGCUUGUAUACUACAAAACACAGUGUCAUUAGCAGUCAUACCAUAUACACGACACUGUGUAAAUACAAUGAUUACAACCAACCAAAUAGAAAAUGGAAUACAAGGCUUCCUUUUAAAUUUCUACUGAUUAUUCUUUGUUGCUAAAAAGGCACAAGCUGUAGUGAGCGUCAAUAAACAAUAGAUAAACCUG